UGUGUUUACUUCCGGACUCCGCUUUUAGCCCCCGCUCGCAGAGCAGCAGCGCCAGUGGAGGUGCAGUCUGUCAGCCAGCGCCGCGGCCAUACAAGGCUUCAUGACAGAGGUGACCGGGUGGACCAGCCAGCGGCACCCCGACGGACGAGCCUCGCUUCGGCGCCACCGCACACCGGGCACACGGCGACUCCGGGCGGACCCGCCGCCGCCGCCGCUUGACCCCCCCCAGCUCCCGGUCCGUGCUCAAAGUCAGUCAACGCUGCCGCUACCAGCUAACAGACCGAGCUGACGGUGCGCCUGCCCGCUCCGCGAUCCGAGCACCACAACAAGGACAAUCGCUCAAAGUUUAAGGAGGUGUUCGUAUUUGACCGCGCGGCGUCCAGCAUUUCUGGGAGAGAGAGAGAGAGACACACACACGCGGGCCCCUGGGGGACAGCGACGGGACCCGGGGGGGGGGGGGGACCAGGCAGCCAGGGACGCGAGUGUGGUGGCUGGGUAGACGAGGGGCUCGCCUCCAGCUCCUGGCGGAUUUAUCCCCUGCCAGCUAACGGUAGCUAAGCUAGCUACGAGCAGCACCAUGGACUGGCUGAUGGGGAAGUCGAAGACGAAGCCAAAUGGAAAGAAGCCUCCGGCGGAAGAGAAGAAGCAGUACCUGGAGCCCGAGUUCACAAAAAUCCGCGUGGUGGACUUUGACCUCAAGGAGCUGGUGGUGCUGCCCAGAGAGAUAGACCUCAACGAAUGGCUUGCCAGCAACACAACGACUUUCUUCAACCUAAUCAACCUGCAGUACAGCACCAUCUCAGAGUUCUGCACUGGGGACACCUGUCAAGCCAUGACGGCCUGCAACACAAUAUACUACUGGUAUGACGAGAGGGGGAAGAAGACAAAGUGCACUGCUCCACAAUAUGUCGACUUCGUCAUGAGUCUUUGUCAGAAACUGGUCACAGACGAGGAAAUCUUUCCCACAAAAUAUGGCAAAGAGUUCCCCAACUCCUUUGAGUCCUUGGUGAAGAAGAUCUGCCGGUACCUGUUCCACGUGCUGGCUCACCUCUACUGGGCGCACUUUAAAGAGACGGUGGCUCUGGACCUGCAGGGCCACUUGAACACUCUGUAUGCACAUUUCAUCGUUUUCGUAAGGGAAUUCAACCUGGUCGACCCCAAGGAGACCUGUAUCAUGGACGACCUGUCCGAAAUCCUCUGCACCCCCGCCCCGCCACCUGCGCCCGCCCCGGCCCCCUCCGCCCCGGCCUCGGCGCCCUCCCCCUCCGCACAAAACCACGUGACGGAGAGAUGAGCGGCGCGGCGGCGAGACAGCAGCCGUGGGGGUGAUAGAAGAUAAGAUAGAGGAGAGAAGGAAAGACAGCCUGGCCCCCUUCCUCGGUGCCAGCAGGACUUAAGAGACCUUCCACUACCCUUAUAUUUCGCUAUGACAUCAACCAACCAGCCGCAAGGAAGGGGGGGGGGGGGGGGGGGGUUUCGGGGGGUUUGGGGUGGCGGGGAGGGGUUUGUCGCGCCAGCAGGAAUUGGCGUGAGCGUUCCUCCCAGGGACAAAUCCCUCCCAUCUUCUCUGCAAUUUAAACUAGGAACAAAAAUGUAUGUGUAUGUUUUAUUUUAUUUUCUGGUUUUAUUUCUUCUUUUUUUUGUUGGUUUUAUUCAGUUUGACUUUUUGUUUUGGCGGGAGGGGUGGCGAGGGGGGUGGGGGUGUCAGCGUGUCUGUCGGCCCCUCGCCUCCCUCGCUCCUCUACCUACCGUACAGUACAGGAAGGGGGCUCUGCUUUGCUUUGACCUACUAUUGUACAGUGUUUUUGACGUGUGGAGAAUAGGUGUCUCUGCUCCACCUGCGGGCUCGUCCAUCCCUCCUCCUCCUCCUGCAGCGGCCCGCAGGCCCCGCGGCCACUGCGCUGGCCAGUAGGGAGCCCACGUUACUUGCCUGAUGGGGCCAUACUAGCCAAUCACUGUUUGGGUUGUUUGUGUCGGGGGAUGAUUAAAGCGCUUCCUACUCAGGACCUGAGAGAAUACGUCACUGCUGCCAGAGAGAAGUUGCUCUCUCUCUUAUUUUUAUUUUAUUUUAUUUUUCCUUCUCUGUCCCUUGUUCUCCAGACUGCUCAGCUCCUCCGUUUGACAAAUCGUAUUUUAACUUCUGUAUAGUCACAUAAUCACACCUGGCGUUCCCCUUAACAAAAGAAGUCCCAGGUGCCCACCUAUAGAGGGCAGCACACACACACACAGAGAAAGACAGAAUUAGGGAGACGAGAAGAGAAUAUUAAGAUUGUAUGAUAGAUGUCUAAUCGGAUCAGAGAACGGAUGCCGUUUGAGACGGACUGGUGCUUGUCUGCAGCUGAAUCAGGGCCGUUUCCUGGCACUCAGCUCAGCAGCAGCAGCCCCUUUACUCCACCUCCACCCACUGCAGCAGCACAGAUGGACAAAGACAUGAGGUCAUGUCUGCAGGCCCACACAGGGAGAGUAGGAGACGGAGAGAGGGGCGAGGGGGACGGGAGUGGAGCUGCUCUGCUGUUGAACAGACACCAGUACUCGUGCUGCAAAACUAAAAAAAGAUUCUUCUGGAUUUAAGUUUAUUUUGACCUGUCCCUUAAAAUUUGCUAUUUGAGAAGAUUUUCAGAGGAGAGAGUUAGUUCAGAAAUAAUAACAAUGAUGGCAUCAUCACACAUGUAUAGAAAAAUGCACAGUCUGCUUGGACUUAACUGUACAAAGAAUCGCAAGCAGAUUCUGUCGGACGUAGCCUCUGUACGGAGGAGGAUGGAUUUAUAAUUCUCCUUUUUUUUAAAUUUAAUUUAAUUCUUUUUUUUUUUCUUUUCUUUUUUUGCAGGGUUCUUCAGUUCUGGCUCUCGUUUUUAUGUAUUUUAAUUAUUAACUAAGUUAAAAGGCAAUUUAAUAUUUUAAGCUCUGCGGAUUAUAAUCUAAUAAAAGAGAGAAAUGCC